AUGUUGAAGACCGAGCGCACGUUGAACGGACACAAGGUUCAAAAUGGGUCUGACCUUCACACGGCACUUCGACAGGACGAGCAGCACGUCAAGCCGGAGGAUUUAGCCAAUGCGUUGAAGGACUUGGGAAUCGGCCUCACAGAUGCUCAAACUGAGUACUUCAUCCUCUCAAUGGACCUACAUGAGGAUGGCGGUAUCACGCAAGACGAGUUGCUCAAGGCAAGCAUGCCCGUCACAGCUCUGAGCAUCAAGAGGGGUGCGAUGCAGCUUAUUGACGUGCAGAAGCCGUUUCAGCUGCCGCUUGCAUCUUUGCAUGCUGAGAGGCUGCAAGUGCCUUGGAAGGAUGUUAACGCUGAAGUUAAAACUUUGGUCGUGCUGCUGAUCCACAUUGAGGUGCUGUUGUACCAGCGCGUGCUGGCAGUGCUGGCGGCAUGCGGAAGCGAUGCUUCCGGCCUGGACCGAUUCUGCGGCUCUUGGCGGCAGGGGGCAGAUCGUAAGGAAAGUCACGACAGUGGGGAAGGCCAGCUCAGGGCGAGCAUCGACAAAUCACGGGUGAUCAUGGGUGACUCAUCUCCCCAGGAGCUCUUCCUCGUUCUGGAUAAUCUGGUGAUUCGACUUCACUUUGGAAUGAGCGGUGGUGCAGACUUUCUGUGUGACUCGACAACGAUAACUUUCGGCCUGUCUGCAGGAGUCGAGUUUGAGUUCUCGAAUGGGCCUUUCGACAUUCUCAAUCCCAGUUUCGACUGGGAGGGUGCCAUCAAGCGACUAAAAGAGGCCGCCGCGGACCGGAAAGUCUGCGACUUGGUCAUGGAUCAGCUUCUUCUUCCUGGAGUUGGAAACGUGAUCAAGGUGGAGGGCCUUUUCACAGCAAGGAUACAUCCUCUCACUCCGGGCAAUGCGCUUAAAGACAGCUCCUGGUGGGCUCUCCUGCGUGGCCUGCGUGACUGUGCACUGAAAUGGUACUCUGCGCUCAAAGGACCGUGA